ACAGCUGAACAAACUCAGCAAAUCCAAUCUCACACAUCUUUGUAUCUUGCUUUCUCUACAAUGUCUUCUCUCCUUCAAUCUAGGGUUCCGGCAAUGUCGUUCUCCUCCUCCAUCUCCUCAUGCCGCCUCCAAUGGCGACCUUCCACUGCAUUCCCCGCCAGGCCCAGGCGGAGAGCGCCGAUCGUCCAGGCUAAGAUCAGGGAGAUCUUCAUGCCGGCCCUUAGCUCCACCAUGACUGAGGGAAAGAUCGUCUCCUGGGUCAAAUCCGAGGGUGACGUCCUCUCCAAAGGCGAGUCGGUCGUUGUCGUUGAGUCCGACAAGGCUGACAUGGACGUUGAGACGUUCUACGACGGAAUCCUAGCUGCCAUCGUCGUCGGCGAGGGCGAGACCGCUCUAGUAGGCGCCCCGAUCGGGUUGUUGGCCGAGACUGAAGAGGAAAUCGCCGAGGCCAAAGCCAAAGCCGCUAGUUCGUCCUCCCAUUCAGCUGCUUCUGCCGCUCCUCCUCUUCCUCCUCCUCCACCUCCAGCUGCCGCUCCACCGCCACCAGUGUCUGCUAAGGCGGCAGCUCCAGCGCCGGUUGAUGGGCCGAGAAAGAUUGUGGCCACGCCGUUUGCGAAGAAGCUAGCGAAGCAGCACAAAAUUGAUAUCAAUUCGGUGGUUGGGAGUGGGCCAUUUGGGCGUAUCACCCCCGCGGAUGUCGAAGCCGCCGCAGGAAUUGCGCCGUCUAAGACUACUACAGUUGCCUCAGUGGCUUCGGCUGCUCCAGCCGCUGCUCCUUCGAAAGCUGCGCCUGCGGCAACUACGUUUCCUGAAAUUCCAGGGUCUACGGUGGUUCCAUUCACCACGAUGCAAGCGGCGGUGUCGAAGAACAUGGUGGAGAGUCUCACUGUGCCAACUUUCAGGGUGGGGUAUCCUGUAUCUACGGACGCACUAGACGCUUUAUAUGAGAAGGUAAAGCAAAAGGGUGUGACUAUGACGGCGUUGUUGGCAAAGGCCGUGGCAAUGGCUCUUGUGCAGCAUCCUGUUGUGAAUUCAACCUGCAAAGAUGGGAAGAGUUUCACGUAUAAUAGCACUAUUAAUAUUGCAGUGGCCGUGGCAAUUAAUGGUGGGUUGAUAACCCCUGUUCUUCAGGAUGCUGAUAAGUUGGAUCUGUAUCUGUUAUCCCAAAAAUGGAAAGAAUUAGUGGAAAAAGCCCGGGCAAAGCAACUUCAGCCCCUUGAGUACAGUUCAGGUACUUUCACACUUUCCAAUUUGGGCAUGUUUGGAGUGGACAGGUUUGAUGCCAUUCUUCCUCCGGGCCAGGGGGCUAUUAUGGCUGUUGGAGCAUCAAAGCCCACCGUUGUUGCUGAUGCAGAUGGAUUUUUCAGUGUAAAAAGUAAAAUGCUGAUUGCCGGCAUGUAUUUGAUACCUCAGCUUCGAAUCAAGUCUAAAUAG